CGCCAAGACUUCUGCGAAAGUCAAGUACUCGCCGCAGUCCCUCAGCAGCCCAAAAUUUUUGAUCCUUCAUUCUUACCACCUCCAAAACAAUAAGAAUCCCGCGACAUCUUCUCUGGUUCGUUCGGAUUCUCACAGCAGAGAAUCUUCGUAUCGAACCCAACAAGAAACCUAGUAUUCAGCAGGCUUAGACGCACAGGAAGCGCCUAAGUCAUUCUCACGCCACUUUCAACUUCACGCUCUAACAACAUCACCGGCGAAGUCGCCUGUGAUCCCAAGUUCUUCUAUCGCAAUCAUGGCGGACAAAGGUCUUGAGGAAGUCCCAGAAGGACAAAUCGAGUCCAACUACGAUGAAGUCAUUGACUCCUUCGACGCGAUGAACCUGAAGCCUGAGCUUCUGCGAGGUGUUUAUGCCUACGGUUUCGAACGUCCAUCUGCCAUUCAGCAGCGCGCUAUCAUGCCCGUCAUCAAAGGCAACGAUGUGAUUGCUCAAGCCCAGUCUGGUACCGGCAAGACCGCGACCUUCUCCAUCUCUGCUCUUCAGAAGAUCGACCCGAACCUCAAGGCGUGCCAAGCGCUUAUCCUCGCCCCAACCCGUGAGCUUGCUCAACAGAUCCAGAAGGUUGUGGUCGCCAUCGGCGAUUUCAUGAACGUCGAAUGCCACGCAUGCAUUGGCGGCACCAACGUUCGGGAGGACAUGAAGGCUCUCCAAGAGGGACCCCAAGUCGUUGUCGGAACCCCUGGACGUGUUCAGGACAUGAUUCAACGUCGUGUUCUCAAGACCGACAACAUCAAGAUGUUCAUCUUGGACGAGGCCGAUGAGAUGCUUUCCCGCGGUUUCACCGAGCAGAUCUACGAUAUCUUCCAGCUUCUUCCCCAAUCGACCCAGGUCGUCCUGCUUUCGGCUACCAUGCCUCAAGAUGUCCUCGAGGUCACCACCAAGUUCAUGCGCGACCCUGUCCGCAUUCUCGUCAAGAAGGCCGAGUUGACCCUCGAAGGUAUCAAGCAAUUCUACAUUGCCGUCGAGAAGGAGGAAUGGAAGCUCGACACCCUCUCCGAUCUCUACGAGACCGUCACCAUCACACAAGCCGUCAUCUUCUGCAACACCCGAAGAAAGGUUGACUGGCUCACCGACAAGCUCACCGCUCGUGACUUCACCGUUUCGGCCAUGCACGGUGACAUGGAGCAGGCUCAGCGUGAUGUUAUCAUGAAGGAGUUCCGAUCUGGUUCUUCUCGUGUCCUGAUCGCCACUGACUUGCUUGCCCGUGGUAUCGAUGUCCAACAGGUUUCCUUGGUCAUCAACUACGAUCUCCCGGCCAACCGUGAGAACUACAUCCAUCGUAUCGGUCGUGGCGGUCGUUUCGGUCGAAAGGGUGUUGCGAUCAACUUCGUUACCGCCGACGACGUCCGCAUGAUGAGAGAAAUCGAGCAGUUCUACAGCACUCAAAUCGAAGAGAUGCCAAUGAACGUUGCUGAUCUCAUCUAAGGAGUCAACACACUCAAACAUCGGAUCUUUCGUUGUUUCAACCGGCAUGUGGAUGGCGUUGGUUGCUACGACAUGAUGUGGCCGCCUGAGAAAAGUGGGAUGAAGCCUGUGUCCUGACUGCUUGGCUCAGAGCUGUCGCCACGGGAAAAGUCAUGUAUUUUCACUCUUGUUACCAGGUCUCUUUCAUGAGCAAACGAGCGCGCUGAUACCACAUUGAUGACCCAUGGGUCGUCGGGAUGUGGCAGAGUUCGCGGGCGUCAUUGCUUUUUAAUGCUAGCUAGCAAUCGUUGGCUAUCAUUCUCUCAGACUGCACAAAGAAUUCAAAGCUUCUCACGUGUUAUGAGGGAUGAGGACCAACUGCUUCUUGCCAUAGACAGGUAGAGAAACUGAUUCAAACCAAAAA